UUAUUCCCGCUUGAGCAAUAAAUGUUAGAGGACCCUUGGAACCCAAUUGGCAUCGCUGCGCUCGUUUUCACCGCCCAUUUUCAUCAUGGACUCGCUACCAUCGCGUCUACUCCUCACGCUGCCCUCACGAAUAUGUACAAAUCGGCCCAUACCAGCGCAAUUCCGUGCCGCGAGGAGUUUGGAUAGAAAAUGGAGAUUUGUUUCGCAAAAGCGGUUUUACAGCGCUCCAGUUUCACGGGAACCGGUCAUCGAUCGCUCGAGAUCGAAGCUCUUCAAAUCUGCCGAUGAAGCUGUCGCGGACCUUCAAUCCGGCUCCACCAUCCUCAGCGCAGGCUUUGGCCUUUGCGGCGUCGCCGAAACCCUCAUACAAGCGAUUAAGAACCGCGGCGCACGAUCGUUACAUUCACUUACAGCGGUGUCGAACAACGCCGGCAUCGAAGAUGUGGGUGGGUUGGCCUUGAUCACCAAGUCCGGCCAGGUUAACAAGCUGAUCAUCAGCUUUUUGGGGAACAAUAAGGCGUUAGAGAAGCAGUAUCUCUCCGGAGGUAUCACGAUCGAGCUCUGCCCACAGGGAACGUUGGCGGAGAGGAUACGAGCUGGUGGUGCUGGCAUUCCGGCUUUCUACACUCCUACAGCGGUGAAUACGCUAUUGCAAGAUGGGAGAAUUCCCGCGCAGUUCGACAGCGAAGGGAAUAUCAUCGGAUAUGGCACGCCACGGGAGGUUAGAGAAUUCAAUGGGAGGACAUAUCUCAUGGAAACUGCACUGACCGGCGAUGUUGCGAUUGUGAGAGCAUGGAAGGCUGAUGAAGAGGGAAACUGCAUUUUCAGAUAUACCACCAAAGCUUUUGGACCAAUUAUGGCGAAAGCAGCACGCCUCACCAUCGUUGAAGCGGAAGAAAUUGUCCCCGUCGACUCGCUGAAUCCGAAUGACAUCGACCUCCCCGGCAUCUUUGUCAACCGCAUCGUCCCCGCCACCGCGCCGAAGAACAUCGAGAUCAAGAAGCUCCGCGAUCCGGAAGCGUCAGGAAAACCAUCCGAGCCGAACAAAGCCGCCGCGCGCCGAAACCGCAUCGCACGACGAGCAGCGAAGGAGCUCAAACAGGGAUACUAUGUGAACCUGGGCGUCGGCAUCCCGACGAUGGCAGCAGCAUUCGUGCCAGAGGGAACCAAAGUCUGGCUGCAAAGCGAGAACGGCAUUCUCGGCAUGGGUCCGCAUCCAACAGAAGAGGAGGUUGACCCCGAUAUCAUCAACGCCGGCAAAGAAACCGUGACCCUCCUCCCCGGCGCCUCCACCUUUGACAGCUCCGAAUCCUUUGGCAUGAUCCGCGGCGGCCACGUCGACGUCUCCAUCCUCGGCGCGCUACAAGUCAGCGCGUCCGGAGACCUCGCGAACUACAUGGUCCCUGGCAAAGUCUUCAAAGGCAUGGGUGGCGCUAUGGAUCUCGUUGGCAACCCCGAUGCUACGAAGGUCGUUGUUGCGACCGAGCAUGUUGCUAAGGACGGAAGCUCCAAGAUCGUCCAGGAGUGCCAAUUGCCGCUUACGGGAGCGAAGUGCGUGAGCUUGAUCAUUACGGAUAUGGCGGUUUUUGAGGUGGAUAGGAAGAGGGGGACGUUGACGCUGACGGAGGUCGCGCCCGGGGUGAGUGUGGAGGACGUUAAGGCGAAGACGGAUGCGGAGUUUAAGGUUGCGACGAAUUUGAGGGAGAUGGAGUAGAUAUAGACUGUGUUUGGGUGCGUUGUAUAUAGUCUUUUCACGCAUUGGCUAGGUUGGAGCGUUUCGCGAUGGCAUGGAUGGCUUCGUACCGCUGUUUCUUGUUUUGUCAUUGCCCUUUCAAUGGAUAUCCUACGCAGUGCGUGCAGCGCAUUCAAAUAUGUCUCCUAUGUGCCAAAGACAGCCCCCGCGCUCCAGGUCCUCAGGGGAACGGCA